GACUGUAGUUUAAAAGGCUGCAAGGCGGGCUUCGCUAACUAGCAUCCAGUAGUGCCAGAGGAGAGCCCGCUCGGCACAGCUAUGACCCGGCAGGCAAGGGGUUCUUGGCUGCUCCGCGGUGUCCUGCUCUUCGCGUUGUUUGCUGCCGGCGUCGCACCCUUCAACUGGGAUCUCCCGGAGCCCCGGAGCCGAGCCAGCAAGAUUCGAGUGCACCCUCGGGGCAACCUCUGGGCGACCGGUCACUUCAUGGGCAAGAAGAGUCUGGAGCCCCCGAGCCUGUCACUGGUGGGGACAGCAUCCCCCAACACCCAGAGGGACCAGAGACUGCAGCUGAGUCAUGAUCUGCUCAGGCUCCUCCUGCUAAAGAAAGCUCUAGGCAUGAAUCUCGGUGGUCCAGCUGCCCCAGUCCAGGUGAGCCCCUACCGCAGUCAGUCGCAGCCCCAGGAUGGAAGAAUUGCCAGCCAGCAUGGGUUCAGGGUGGGACCACCUAGCCAGGGCUCCAGGGCUCAAAGGGGAAUAGGUCAGUGACUAGAAAAAUGAAGAAGCAGGCUGCAUGGGGGAAAGUUCCUCCUUGCCCAUGCCCAGUCUGAAGUCACAGGCUAGGACUAUUCUAGCCCUUAAACAGAGCUUCCUCCUCCUUGCCACACAGCCUUGCCCGCCCCAACUGUCACCCACUGUGCUAGCCAGGCGUCUGUGCUUGUGUUUGGUCGAGCUGUGAUCCUGGAGGCCUAGAAGUGGGAAAGGAGGUUAGCAGUGGAGACAGGGCUCAGA